GGCUGGGUUUCCCCAACCACUCUGGGUGGCUUCCAACAAAGAUUAAAAAUACAUUAAAAUGUCACACAUUAAAAACUUCCCUAAACAGGGCUGUAGGACCUUAUUUGAGGGUUGUGCUUUUUGUGUUUUUAAUGUUGUUCUUUAAUGUUGUGACUUUCCAUGGAACCUUAGGGUGAAGGGCGGGAAAUAGAUAACAAGAAGAAGAAGAAGAGGAGGAGGAGGAAGAAGUGAAAGCUGCUUCUGUAUGUAGAUCACCUUGGCUGCACUGGAGGAAAAAGAAACUUUCCGUAAAUCCAACUGAACUGUCACUGCUAUUGCUACAAGUCUUCUCUGGUCAAAAGAAAGACAGAGCACCAUAAUGAGUGGGGAAGAAUCAACCAUCGCAGAUUAUUCUGAUUUGUAUGCUGAGAUUGCAAUGCCAUGUGACAAGGAUGAAGUCAGAAACUUCACAAAAGCCUUUCUUCCCAUUGCUUACUCCCUGAUCUGUGUCCUGGGGUUCGUGGGAAAUAUGUUUGUAGUGAUAACAUUUGUUUUAUAUAAGAGGUCUGAUUCUAUAACUGAUGUCUGCCUCUGCAAUAUGGCUAUUGUGGACAUAUUGUUUGUUCUCACUCUUCCUUUCUGGGCAGUGAACUACGCUCUGGACAACUGGAUUUUUGGGGAUUUCCUCUGCAAGCUCACCAAAGGUAUCUAUGCCAUUAACUUCAACUGUGGCAUGUUGCUCUUGGCCUGCAUAAGCAUAGACAGGUAUGUUGCCAUUGUGCAGGCCAUAAAGUCAUUUAAGCUUCGGGCAAGGUGUCUAGCCCACAGCAAAGUGAUCUGUUUGGCUGUCUGGGUCUCCUCUAUGUUAAUCUCAAGUGCUACUUUCAUGUUCAGUGAAAGCUACGCACUUCCAGGCAAUGCAACCACAUACAUUUGUGAUCACAAAUCCAGUGCAAAAUCCAAUGUACAACUGAAAUUGCUGAUAUUAAGUUUCCAGCUUUUAUUUGGAUUUUUUGUCCCUCUGUUGUUCAUGGUUUUUUGCUACACCUUCAUUGUCAGAACCUUAGUGCAGGCUCAGAACUCCAAAAGAAGCAAAGCUAUACGUGUGAUUAUCUCUAUCGUAGUUGUUUUUCUGCUGUGCCAAGUUCCCUACAAUAUGGUUCUCCUGGUGACGGCAGAAUCUAUGGGGAAACUGGACAAAGCUUGCCAGAGUGAAAAGCAAUUGGCUUACGCAAAAUACGUAACGGAAACUCUGGCUUUCCUGCACUGUGGUAUGAACCCUGUGCUCUAUGCAUUCAUUGGUGUGAAGUUCAGGAACUACUUUGUGAAAAUAAUUACAAGCCUAUACUGUGUGAGACAUAUGAACUGUGGAACUACCCCUGGUUCAAAGGUAAGUUCCGAUACUGUCCACUCCAGACAGACAAGUGAAGUUUGUGAAUGACAUAAUGGAUUAUUGUGUAUACAACAUGGUUACCCUCGGGUAGAAUCAUUAUUCAGGCCUCACACAGAUAUGCUGGCUUCUUUAUACUGUUCAAAUCAGCUCAUUUAAUACAUCAUGCCCGUAUAAGCUUCUGCCACAGAAAACUGGUCAGUUUCAAAGGUAGCUAAUAGCUCUUUACACAUUUCAAAUAAAGCCAGUCUCUCUGUUCCCAUAGCGGGACCAGGUUUCCGGGUGUUUGCAUGCGUACCUCUUCUCUUCAGACAUACCAGAAAAACACAAGGUUGCCAUCUUCUGGAAAUGCAGGGACUCGUUUCUUCCUUUAAUGGGUGCAGCUGGCUCCUGUGUUUGUUUUGUUAUAGUUCCACUUCAGCUAUUGAUAUUAUAAGAAUUAUCAAAAGUGUACUGUUAUGCUUUGCUUUCUUGAAUUGGCUAAGUUGUUAGCAAUGGCACCUGUUGACCACUGGGAAUAGGCUUUUCUUUUGCUGAUUGAAAUAGGCGUGGUUCCCCUCUCUGGCCCGUAAAAGGGUUUUAGAAUUAUAAUUUGUAUUAAUUUUAUCAUAUGUAGUCAAAAAUGCAAAAACGAAGGGUAAUGAGGGGACAAAAGAUAAAGGACCCAUUUGAGAAGGUAUAGGAAGUUUUUUUUAUUGCUUAGUCAAGUGUAAACGACAAUGACUGCCCUCCAUCCCUGAUAUACCAGACUAUAGACAUUGGGAGUUAUUUUCUCUCUUUGUCUUGAAACCUUGUAAAGAAAAACGCUGUAAAUGAACUUUAAAGGAGAAAAUGUUUAAGAUUAUCAGUAUAUAUAGUCACUGAGGUGCCUUAGACCUGUUAAUACUGUUCCUUUGCGCCUGUUUUGUUAUGCUUGAUUUUCAAUUUGUAUUUUCAAAAAAGUUGAAUAAAGAAAUAAAUGAUAA